AUGGAAUUAGCAGCCGCGUCUUCGGCUGCACGGCCGACUGGUGCCGCCCUUAGCAAGAGGCCGUCAUCGAAGUCGUCGUUUCGGCUUCGGUGCGCGAGCCUAAACUCCCUCCGCCUCCGCCGCGUCUUCGACGUGUUCGACAAAAACCAAGACGGGCUCGUCAGCGUCCACGAGAUCUGCCAAGCCCUCGCUCUCCUCGGCCUUGAUGUCGAAAUCUCCGACCUCCAUUCCACGAUCAAAUCCUUCAUCCAACCCUCCAACGACGGCCUCAAUUUCGACGACUUCCUCUCCCUCCACCAGUCCCUCUCCGACACCUACUUCGCCUACGACGACGACGACGAAGAGUCUGUCGUUGCUUCUGCGGCAGAAUGCGAAGGAAAGAGGAAGAUGUCCCAGGAGGAGUUGGAUCUUUCGGAGGCGUUCAAGGUGUUUGACGAGGACGGAGAUGGGUUCAUCUCGGCCAAGGAGUUGCAGGUGGUGCUUGCCAAGCUAGGGUUCCAGGAAGGCAAUGAGAUUGAUAGAGUUCAGCAGAUGAUCACCUCCGUUGACCGCAACCACGAUGGGCUCGUUGACUUGUUCGAGUUCAAGGACAUGAUGCGCACCACUGUUCUUGUUCCCUCCUCGUAA